AUGAAAAAACUAUCAAAGUUAAGCAAUAUAAUAGUCUUAUUUUGUUUUAUUUAUCAUACUUAAUGUCAAGGGGAUCUAUAUAUUAAUGAUUUGUCUAUUGUUGCAAACCCAUAUUUAGUUUAUUGGAAUGAUAAAAGUAUUGGCUCUCUUGAUGAUUAAGAAAAAUAAAUUUCUAUACCACUAAAUAAAUAAUUUAAUUAACCUCUAGAUAUUCUGUUAUCAUUAACAUGGCAAGAUUACUAAAAUAGUUAAUAUAAUGGUGUUUCAGUUUAAAUACAAUCAAUAACAAAAUCAGAUGUGACAAUAAAAAUAUAAAAAUAAUAAAAUUCUAACACAAUAAAUACUAUUAAGGUAGCUAUACUUGCUUUUGAAAAGGAUUCUUCAAUAUUAGUAAAUUAAAUCAAAAUUGAUAUUUUAAAAGAAAAUUUUACAUUGAAUGGUGAUGGCUCUUUUAGUUAUAAUUACCAAGACUUAUAUAAAUUACCCAAAAUAGAAAAUUCAAAAAGAAUCCUUAAAUGCUUCAUCACAGGUUACUUUUAAUAGUUUACAGAUAAAUCCUAUAAUUUAAAUGGAUCCAGAGUAAGUAUAUUUUUAAAUCCUUUGGAAGAUGAUUUGUCUGAUAAAUAUACUAUCUAAAUAUUAACUUUUGAUUAAUUAAACUCCUUAAAAAGUUUGUAAUUUAAUUGUCUUGAAUUUUAUGAGUACGAUAAAACUGAUAAUAUUUACAGUUAUGUAUAUUUUUAAGAUGACAUUUCAUAGAUAAAAACUAAGUCAGGUGAUAUUUUAUAUGAUCAACCUCAAAAAGAUAGUCAAGAUUGUAUAUAAGCCUCUUCAAUUAAUUUACCAAAUUUAUCUUCUAAUCAAUAAAAAGACCAGAUUUUUGUUGGGUUAGGAGGAUUUGAUGUUGAUUAAAAACUUACAGAAACAAAAGUUAGACAUGAGAUUAUUGAUUACACAUCAAACAAAUUAAAUUUUAAGUAUGUGACUUGGAAUAAAGAUAUAGUAUAUGGCAUUAAAACUACUGCCAUAAUGAUUGUAUAUAAAAAAUGUAAAGCUAGUUAAAUUCAAAAUUCUUUUACCAAAUAAUGUGUUAUAUAAUGUGAAGACGAGUACUUUACAAUUACUUAUUUGGAUAUUAAAGUAUGUUAUAAGUGCGAUUCAACUUAUAAAACUAGUAGCGAUUCAGAAAAAUAAUGUGUAUCUUGUUCAAAUACUUUAUUUUUAUAUAAAAAUGACUGUGUUAGCAAAAAACCAGAUCCAGCAUUUUGUGACUCUUCAAAUAGAUGCCAAGAUUGUUUGGUUAAAGAUUGUAUAAAAUGCUCUUAAAGCGCUAAUUAAUGCGAUUAAUGCAAGUAAAAAUCAUUUCUAUACAAUAAUUAAUGCUAUGACUAAUAACCAGAUGUGACUUAUUGUGAUAGUAGUAAUAUUUGUCAAUAAUGCAACGCCAAAGACUGUAAGAAAUGUGAUAAUAAUCUUAGUUCUUGCUAAGUAUGCUUGCCAAAUUUUUACCUAUUUUAAAAAAAUUGUUUUAAUUAAUAACCAAAUCAAACAUAUUGUGAUUAAUUCAAAGUAUGUAAUAUUUGUAAAAAUGUUAAUUGUAAAUUUUGUGACUAAAGUGAUAAAUGCAUAGCCUGCAACGAAAAUUAGUACUUAUUUAAUGAUGAUUGCCUUAAAAACAAACCAAAUAAUAGUUAUUGUGAUGGCUAAAAUAUAUGUAAAAAAUGUAAUAAAAGUGACUGCUAAGAUUGUGAUAUCUCAUUAGAUAAUUGUAUAAACUGUCCUUAAAAUUAUCUCUUAGAAAAUAGAUGCUAUCCAAAUUAGCAAGAUAAAACAUUUUGUGAUUAAAAAAAAACAUGUUAAAAAUGCAUUAACUAAAAUUGCAAAUACUGCUAGUCUGAUUUUUAAUCUUGCAAUAAAUGCAAUGAUAACUAAUUUUUAUUUAAUAAUAAUUGUUUUGCCGAUUAGCCUUAAAAUACUUUUUGUGAUGAAUAAAGAAUAUGUUAAAAAUGUCAAAACACCAAAUGCUAAAUUUGUUUUUCAGAUUUACUUAAUUGUAAAACGUGCCCUAAAGACCAAUACUUAUUUAAAGACGAUUGCUUUUCUUCAGCUCCAGAAGGCACUUAUUGUUAAGCUGAUAAAACAUGCACAGAAUGUGAAGUAAAAAAAUGUUAGAUUUGUGACUAAUCAUUCAAAAUAUGUUUGAAAUGUAAUUUAGAUUAAUUUAUUUUAGAUGGAAAGUGUUAUGACUAAUAACCAGAUGGAACUUACUGUAAUUUAGUGAGCAAAACAUGUAGUCUUUGCAAAUCCUAAAACUGUAAAAUUUGUGAUUAGUAUCUAAAUGAUUGUAAUUAAUGUGAAAAUGGUAAAUAUCUUUACGAUAAAAGAUGUUUAAAUACUAGACCAGAUAAUACUUACUGCGAUUCUAAUAAUAUUUGUUAAGUAUGUAAAGACACUUUAUGCUAAGAAUGCGAUGUAUCUUUACAAACUUGUUUAAAAUGUCUAGAUAAAAAAUACCUUUUUGAGCUAAAAUGCUAUGAUGCUUAGCCUGAAUAAACUUAUUGCAUCAAAGACGAAUAUAAUUGUAAAAAAUGCAUUAAUUUAGAUUGCAAGUUUUGUAGUAGCGACUAAACCUCUUGCACAGAAUGUUAGCCAAAUUAAUAUUUAUUUAAAUAAAAUUGCUUUUAGAACUAUCCAGACAAUUCUUUUUGUAAUUAAAAUAAUUAAUGUUUAUAAUGUACAUAGCAGUAUUGCAAAAGAUGUUAUUAAGAUCUAAGUAUUUGUGAAAUAUGUUAUGAAAAAUACUAUCACUUUGAGGGGUCUUGUAAAGAAAACUAACCAGACAGAUCAUACUGCUAAUAAGAAAAUAAAAUAUGUCUGAAAUGCUUGAAUAAUAGUUGUCAAGAAUGUUAUUAAGAUUUAAAAUAGUGCUCUAAAUGUCGUUAGGGGUACUUUAUUAUUAGAAAAUGA